AAAUAAAAUAUAGAUUGUGCCCGGCAACUGCUUGUUCAGCAAAUGCGAUGGAAGUCUAAAGCAAAACAAGAAGACAAGUUCAGUCAGCUACUCCUGAAACCUCGGCAUAAACCCCUUCUUCCCCAUUUGUUUUCCUCUGUAAAACCUCAAAAAUCAAACGCCAAUGAGUUCCUCAACUCCACAAUAUCCUCCAUUGAAUCCUUCUCAACUCAUCCAAACAAUCACUACCCUUCUCUCUUCCUCCAAAUCCCUCCCCAAAUCCACUCUCAAAUCCUACCUUCCUCACCUCACCCUUCCCAUUAUCCACUCCAUUCUCUCCUCCCCUACCCUCUCUUCUCACCCCACCACCCUUUUCUCCUUUUUCCAAUGGUCUCAAUCCCACAUACCCUCUCUCUCCACCCACCCCCUCCCUUUCCCUGCCCUCCCCCCUCUCUUAUCCUCCCUCUUAUCCCAUCGCAAGUUCAAGAUUGCCAAAUCCCUUCUCCUUGACUUUAUCCCUUCUGAUCACCCCCAACACCUUCUCCACCGCCACCUCCUUCACCCCAUUUCCUCUUUCCCUCAACCUUCAAGGGAUUUGUUGGAUACUGCUAUUGGUUCUUAUUGCCAAUGUGAACAACCCCAUCUUGCUCUUCAGAUUUUCAAGAAAAUGAAACGCCUUCGAAUGUGCCCGAAUUUGCUGACUUUUAAUACUUUGAUUAAUGCAUUGGUAAAGUACCCUUCUACUCACUCUGUUGAUUUAUGUAAUGAGCUGUUCAAUGAUGUGAUUAAGCUUCGUUUGGCUCCGAAUACGAAUACUUUCAAUAUUUUGAUAAGAGGGUAUUGUUUAGUUUACAAGUUUAAGGAUGCUAAUGGCUUGUUGAAUAGAAUAAGUGAGUUUGGUUGCGUGCCGGAUAAUGUGAGUUAUAAUACUAUAUUGGAUGGGUUGUGCAAGAAAGGUAGGUUGAAUGAUGUUAGGGAUUUGUUAUUGGAUAUGAAGGGUAAAGGUCUCGUGCCAAACAAGAAUACGUAUAAUAUUUUGGUACAUGGUUAUUGUAAAAUGGGGUGGUUGAAGGACGCUGCUCAGGUCGUCGAGCUGAUGACUCAGAACAAUACAUUGCCUGAUCUUUGGACAUAUAAUAUGUUGAUUGAUGGUCUGUGUAAUGAAGGAAGGAUCGAUGAUGCCUUUAAGCUUCGGGAUGAGAUGGUAGGGUUGAAAUUGUUGCCUGAUGUGAAAACUUAUAACACCUUGAUUAAUGGGUGUCUUGAUAAUAAGAGAAGUUCAGAGGCCUUUGAUCUGCUUGAAGAAAUGAAUAAGAAGGGGAUCAAAUGCGAUGAGUUUACUUAUAAUACAUUGAUUAAAUGGUAUUGCAAGGAAGGGAAGGUGGAAAAAGCUCGAGAGGUGAUUCAAAGGAUGGAGGAAGGUGGUUUAUGUCCAGAUUGCGUUUCCUACAAUACUUUGAUAAGUGCAUACUGUAAAGCAGGAAAUCUAUCAGAGGUUUUGAGGAUAAUGAAACGAAUGGGUGAAAAAGGUUUGAAAAUGGAUAAUUUUUCUCUCAAUACAAUGCUUCAUACUCUUUGUCAAGAAAGGAAGCUUGAUGAGGCCUAUGAGUUGCUCUCUGUUGCUCAUACCAGGGGCUAUCUUGUCGAUGCAGUAAGUUAUGGCACUCUUAUUGCUGGGUACUUUAGGUGUGGAAAUAUGGAAAAAGCUCUUAAUCUUUGGGAUGAGAUGAAAGAGAGAGAGGUAAUUCCCACUAUUAUCACAUACAACAUCAUAAUUGGAGGGCUCUGUAAAUCAGGUAAAACUCAGCUGGCAAUCGCUAAACUGAAUGAACUUUUAGAGAAGGGCAUAGUGCCUAAUGAAAUAACAUACAAUACUAUUAUUCAUGGAUACUGCUGGGAGGGGAACAUUGAGAAAGCAUUUCAAUUUCACAACAAAAUGGUUGAGAAUUCUUUUAAGCCUGAUGUAUAUACAUGCAACAUUCUUCUUCGGGGACUUUGUAGGGAAGGCAUGCUCGAAAAAGCCAUUAAGCUAUUUAAUACAUGGAUCGAUAAAGGGAAGACCAUUGAUGUAGUAACUUAUAACACCUUGAUUACGGCUCUUUGUAAAGAUCAAAGACUUGAGGAUGCUCUAGGCCUUGUUGCUGAAAUGGAAGAGAAAAAUGUCCAACGUGAUAAGUACACACUUAAUGCUAUUAUUGGUGCACUUACUGAUGCUGGAAGGCUUAAGGAAGCAGAAGAAUUUAUGUCAAAUAUGACAGAGAUAGAAAGACCCUCUGAUCAGCGGUUGCAAAUGGAUAACAGGGAACAUGAACUCACAGCUGAAUCUUCACAUGAACUAGAUCCAAGUUCAAUUGCUUAUUCACAGCAGAUUGAUGAGCUCUGUGCGGAGGGGAGAUAUAAAGAUGCGAUGCUUAUCUAUGCAGAACUUACUCAGAGAGGUAUUGCUCUACAGAAAUCUACUUAUUUCACUCUGAUAAAAGGACUUAUCAAGAGGAGAAAAAGUGUAUCAAAGGCAGGUUGAUAAUGACACAAAAAGUGUAGAUUCUUGUUGUCAUACCCCUUGGCUCUGGCUGAGAAUGAUGACUCCAGUAUCCAUCACAUACAAUCAUGCCAGGUAUGCAACGCUGCAAUGAUCCUAGCCAAAGAACAACCACCCUUGCUCUUAUGGAUGAUCCCAACAAUUCUGAGGCAGUCUCUGGCCUUCAUAUUAAAUUUUGCAAAGAGCUCCAUCUUCCCCGUCAACAAUGUUCCUAAUCCACAAACUUGUUGCAUUUUGGAAUGCAACAUUGGCUCACUUCCCAGAAAGUACCUAGGACUUAAUUUGGAGGAAAACACAAAUCAGUUGCCAUUAAAAAUGAGGUUCUUGAAAAGAUGGCGGAAAAAAUAUCAAGUUGAAAAAGGCAAUACCUAUCUUUGGGUGGAAGAGUCACUCUAAUAACUGUAUGCUUGAUGCUCUUCCCGCUUACACUACGUCACUGUUUCCUGGCCCUGCUUUUUAAAGCGCAUGGAUAAAUAAGACGGCACUUUCAUUGGCAAGGGAAUAAACAGUCCAAGUCCUUUUCUCUUGUAAAGUGGACAGCGCCCUGCUUUUUAAAGCGCAUGGAUAAAUAAGAAGGCACUUUCAUUGGCAAGGGAAUAAACAGUCCAAGUCCUUUUCUCUUGUAAAGCGGAACAGUGUUACCGCAGACUAGCAAAAGGGAGGUCUUGGCAUUAAAAAUCUUAAGUAUCACAAUGAAAGUCUCUUCGCAAAAUGGCAUUGGAGAUUUAAAGAGGAAGAAAAUGCACUUUGGGGAGGAUUUUGGUUGCUAAAUACACACUGGAUCGUCCCUAACACACCAGAGUUUCAAAUACUCCUCGUGGCAUUGGAGUUUGGAAGCAUAUAUAAUUAUAUGUUGUAAUAAUUACGUAGCAAAUGUUAGCUUCCUGGUAGGGUGUGGUAGAAAGAUUAGAUUUUGGGAACUCUUGAUUGGGACAUACAUCUCUGAAAGACUUUUUUCAUGAUAUUUAAAGCAUUUCUUCCCUUAA